GACGUUUGUGCUCCUUUCCCUCCACCACGGGGCGGGCAGCGGUGAAAGGGAAAGCACUGCUGUGAAGGGACGGCAUGAAGCAAGACAUGGCAACACCAAGCUGCUACGCCGGAGUAGAAACGCGUUUGAAUCGGUGGUUUGAAAAGUUUCGACGCAACCGCGCGAAGCACGAAAAAGCGAGCGCUCCCACGACGAUCCUGCCACGCCGGACGCUGACUUUUCUCGCGUGGUGAGGGCUGCGGGCUUGACUCGACAACAUCGACACAUCACGGAGCUUCGGGUAGCCACGGCUAUGCUGCACGCCGGCGCAAAGAGCGACCACAGAAAACUUUCAAGACUUCGAGUCAAACAACCUGGGGGACAUGAAGCGCCACGUGGAGGAACACAGCAGUGUCCCAGGGGCAAGCGCGGUGGCCCCGGAGCUUGCGGCAUUUCUCGAGGCAAUCACGAAGCAGCGAGUCCGGGGCAGUACAGAUGGCGCUCGCACUUAAGAAGUUGGCAGUUGAGGAAUGCAGCCUCGAAAAAUUCAAAAUUUAAGAACUUGCCCAUAAGAUCACGUGCUCAGUUCCGACGUGGUAUUAAGAACAAGAACCCGUAUGUGUCGUUUGACAAAGCGCCUUUGGAUAAGAACAGAUCCCCCAAAAAGUGGCAGCUGCGAGAUAAGAACUCGUGAACUGGUGAGGGGUUACUCACGGGAUGUCCGGUGACCCCACCCACCGGCAGUUUCAGAUUAGCGGCGAGGAGGGGGAUCUUCGUUUCAAAUAAUUCUGGCGCGGAGGGGGCGGCGGCGGGCGUACUCGAUGUUUUGCAUAUCUUUGUGGUUAGACCAU